GGAGAUUCGAAUAGUCUUCACGCAGCAGCUGGGCCUGCUGCCGUCCCCGCAUCCUCCUCGCCAUGGACAACCCGGAAAAUGUAUUUCAAAUGUUUGAAGCCCAUAUGCGAAACUACAAAGGCAGUGACCCACUUGGAGAAUGGGAAAGCUACUUGCAGUGGAUAGAAGAGAAUUUUCCUGAUAAUAAAGACUACUUGAUACUGUCAUUAGAACAUUUAAUGAAGGAAUUUUUAGAUGUGAAGAAAUACCACAAUGACCCAAGAUUCAUCAAUUAUUGCUUAAAAUUUGCUGAGUACAACAAUGACCUCCAUCAGUUUUUUGAGUUUCUGUACAACCAGGGAAUUGGAACCCUGUCAUCUCCUCUGUACAUUUUCUGGGCGGGACAUCUAGAAGCCCUGGGAGAACUGCAGCAUGCCAGUGCUGUUUUUCGGAGAGGAAUUCAGAACCAAGCUGAACCUAGAGAACUACUGCAACAACAGUACAGGUUAUUUCAGGCUCGCCUUACUGAAUCGCGUUUGCCAGCUCAAGCUGGAACCUCAGAACCUCUGCAAAAUGCCCAGAUUUUAAACCAAGCAAUAGCAUCAAAAUCCAGUCCAGAAAAAAACCCAGCCUAUGUUUCUAAGAGUCAGAGUUCUGAAGUCUCUGGAGCAAUAUCCUCAGCUUGUAACAAAGAGCCAAAUAUGGUACUCAUGAUUUCUAAAUCAGAAUGCUCUACAAACUCAUCUUCGGCAGCCAGCGCUGAUGUGCAGCAGGUCGUUAUGUACUGCAAGGAGAAGCUUAUUCGUGGAGACUCAGAAUUUUCCUUUGAGGAGCUGAGAGCACAGAAAUACAAUCAAAGAAGGAAGCAUGAACAAUGGGUAAAUGAAGACAAACAUUAUAUGAAGAGCAAGGAGGCUAGCGCUUUUGAAGAACAAUUAUUAAAAAAGAAAAUGGAUGAGCUUCACAAAAAAUUACACCAAGUCGGGGAGCCAUCCCACCAGGACCCCUCUGCUUUUCCGGAAAGGUCUGAGGUCACUCCAGCAUGUAUGGGGCCAAGUGUAGACUUCCAGCGGGAAGUGAGAGCUCCAAAUCUUCCAGCCAUCAGUCAUCAGUCCUUAAAGAACUCAGAGAACCCUAAAGAGCCACCACCUGUUGUCCCUCUUGCAGCAACUACUAUUACUGCUACUUUGGUGUCCCCAGCCAUCAGCCAGAGUGUAGCUCCUCCUGUUCCUUUAAAGGCCCAGUCAAUGACAGACUCCAGAUGUAUGAAUCAGAGUACUCAUGAGUUCAAGCCACAGAUUGGGACUGAAAUGAAAGAAGCAUGUGAAAUACAGAAGGUGGCUAGUGUAAGUUCAUUUCACACAACUCCAAACACCUCACUAGGAAUGGUUCAAGCAACACCAUCCAAAGUGCAGCCGUCACCCACUGUGCAUACCAAGGAAGCAUUAGGUUUCAUCAUGAACAUAUUUCAGGCUCCUACAAUUCCUGACGUUUUUGAUGACAAAGAUGAAUGGACAUCACUAGAUCAAAAUGAAGAUGAAUUUGAAGCCCAGUUUCAAAAAAAUGCAGCGUCUUCUGGGGCUUGGGGGAUCAAUAAGAUUAUGUCUUUGUCAUCUGCUAUCCCUAUUUAUGAAGAUGGAAACCAAGAAAAUUAUGGAUUACCACAGCCUAAAAAUAAGCCUCCAGGAUCCAGGACCUUCGGGGAACGCUCUGUUAGCAGAUUUCCUUCAAAACAAAAUAAAUCACUAGUACCUGCUGCAGAAAAUAUGGUGACAACACAGGGUACAUGUGCAACUUUAAACUCUCAUGAAGAAAAGAGGGUACAGCCUCCUAAAGACAGAAAAUUCGGUGUAAUUCAAGACAAAAGUCCAGUACAAACAUUCCUGCGUGACAUGUCUUCAGCAUCUGUACAUCAGCCUCGCCAACCUGCUAUGGGUGAUGUGCUCACCCAUAAUGCAGUGGGGGUCCAUGAGGCUCGAAAACAUAGAGGCAGUGACCUUGACAUCAUGGAGCACUCAUCAGAUGCCAGCCCUGCACUUCAAGCUCAAUGGACACAGAUUAGUUCACUUGGGAAUGUCAAUGCUGCAAAGUUUACAGUUGAAAACCCAUGGGAUAAUGACUUGAUUCUCAAACUUUUAUCUGGACUUUCUAAACCAGUGAGUUCAUAUCCAAAUACUUUUGAGCACCAGUAUAAACUUCCAACCAUCAAGCCUAAAACUGAGUUCCAAUUAGGUCCUUCGCUGGUGUAUGUCAAUUGCCUUCUUGGAGAAGGAGCUUUUGCCCAGGUCUAUGAAGCUACCCUUGGAGAUGUGAAUGAGGUGAAAAAUAAGCAGAAAUGUAUUUUAAAGAUCCAGAAGCCUGCCAACCCCUGGGAAUUCUACAUUGGGACCCAGCUAAUGGAGAGACUCAAGCCAACCAUGGAAUACAUGUUUAUCAAGUUCUAUUCUGCCCACUUAUUCCAAAAUGGCAGCAUAUUAGUAGGAGAGCUCUACAGCUAUGGAACAUUAUUAAACGCCAUUAACCUCUAUAAAAAUACCCCUGAAAAAGUGAUGCCGCAGGCUAUCGUCAUCUCUUUCGCUAUCAAAAUGCUCCACAUGAUUGAACAAGUUCACAGCUGUGAGAUCAUUCAUGGAGACAUUAAACCAGACAAUUUCAUCCUGGGAAACAGAUUUUUGAAACAGGAUGAUGAUGGUGAUUUAGCUGCUGGCUUGGCACUGAUUGACCUGGGUCAGAGUAUCGAUAUGAGACUUUUUCCAAAAGGAACUACAUUUACAGCCAAGUGUGAAACUUCUGGUUUUCAGUGUACAGAAAUGCUCAGUAACAAACCAUGGAACUACCAGAUUGAUUACUUUGGCGUUGCCGCAACAGUAUACUGCAUGCUCUUUGGCACUUACAUGAGAGUGAAAAAUGUAGGAGGUGUCUGGAAGCCUGAAGGUCUUUUUAGAAGGCUUCCUCAUCUGGAGAUGUGGGAGGAGUUUUUCCACACCAUGUUGAAUAUACCAGACUGCGACCAUCUCCCAUCUUUGGAUUUGUUAAGGCAGAAGCUGAAGAACCUGUUUCAACAGCACUAUUCAAGCAAGAUCCGAACCCUGCGUAACAGGCUAAUUGUGCUGCUCAUGGACUAUAAGCGUUUGAGAAAGUGAAAUGCAGAUGGGGACACUCUCCAGAAGACACUGUGUAAA